UAGCGCCGUGCGGAGUUGUUCGGUCGUUAAAUAAACGACGGGAGAAAGGAGAAGAAAGCAGCUGGAAAAAACCUUCAUUAUUAUCUGCUCGUGUACUCUGCCCACAGCCAUGGGUGAAGCCGGGAGGAAGAAGAUCGUCAUCGACACCGAUCCCGGAAUUGAUGACGCGAUGGCGAUAUUCGUGGCUCUGAACUCGCCGGAGAUAGAGGUGAUUGGGCUGACAACAAUAUAUGGGAAUGUCUAUACGACGCUGGCCACAAGAAAUGCAUUGCAUUUGUUGGAGAUCGCAGAGCGGACAGAUAUUCCAGUGGCUGAGGGAUCUCAUGUGACAAUCACGAAAGGUACAAAGCUUAGAAUUGCUGACUUCGUACAUGGUGCGGACGGACUUGGAAACCAGAACUUUCCUCCACCUAAAGGAAAGCCCAUUGAUCAGUCAGCUGCCGCUUUUCUGGUUGAACAGGCGAAUCUUUAUCCUGGAAAAGUUACUGUGGUUGCACUUGGCCCACUUACAAAUGUUGCCUUGGCCAUUCAACUUGAUCCUGCAUUUCCUAAAAAGAUAGGGCAAAUUGUUCUUCUCGGUGGUGCAUUUUCAGUGAAUGGGAAUGUCAAUCCAGCAGCAGAGGCCAAUAUCUUUGGUGAUCCAGAUGCUGCUGAUAUUGUGUUCACUAGUGGAGCUGAUAUUUUGGCUGUGGGAAUAAAUGUAACGCACCAAAUUGUUCUGACAGAAGCUGAUCAAAACAAGCUUGCACUAUCAAAAGGCAAAUAUGCUCAAUACCUGUGCAAAAUCUUAGGGAUUUACUUUUCGUAUCAUCAUGAAGCCUAUUCAACACAAGCUGUCUACCUUCAUGACCCAACAGCACUUCUUGCAGCAGUCAAUCCAUCACUGUUGACUUAUACUGAAGGUGUGGUACGGGUUCAGACAAGUGGCAUCACAAGAGGCCUUACAAUAUUUGAUAAUACCAAGAAAAGGUAUGGCGAAAUCACAGAGUGGUCCGAUAAGCCAACUGUGAAAGUUGCUGUCACAGUCGAUGCUCCUGCCAUCGUUGAGCUGGUCAUGGAAAGGCUCAUGAACUCUUAGCAUCAGUGAUCCAUAGCCUGGAAGAUAUCGCAGCUAGGGAAACAAGAAGUGGCCAGAGCCUGGUCAUCAGUGAUCAAUUAGUUGUUGCAUUUGUACCAGUUUCCUUUUACUUCAUAUUCCGUGACAAAAGAAGGGACCAAUAUGAUUUCUCCCCUGUACUCUAAAAUUAUGGCAUACAAUCAAAUAUUGAGGAACAUCUUGGAAUUUUUAUAAAUGCUCACCAGGCUCUUUUGGUACA